CCCCUCUUUACUGAUCUGUCUCUCCGCCUCCUCGCCCUGAACUUUACCAGAAGCGGCUGGGAGUGAGCGGCGCCGGCAGCAGCAGCAAUAGCAGCGAGUACCAGGAUGUGAGUGGAGGAACAUACAGGGAUCACAUGUCUGGGAUGUCACCGCUCUGCUAUGAUGUUCUUCACAGAUUUGCCACCUGUCUCCGUGGUACAGACAGAUUGGCAUCCCUUUGGGACAUCCCGAAACUUCAGACACCCUGUGAACUUCUCUGACUCCGGAGAGGACUUCUCUGUGCAGAGUACUGUCAGUGUGGAUGUGAAAAUGAUCAUCGAAAAUUUGCAGGCUACUGAUUCAGCUUGUGCCAUGAACAGUGAGCCCAGCAGCCAGGCACAAACAAACAUAGCCACAAAACAGCGAAGUGAGGGCAUGUUGGACAGAAGCUCCAUCAGUGUUUUAAAGGGGGCUGCUGUGGAGGAACUGAAGGCUGCUUAUCCAUCCUGCACACUUGGCACAGAGGAAUCCAACUUGGGUCACUGCACUCUGGACUCGGACAGUGACGAGUCUGUUGACCGAGAUAUAGAAGAAGCAAUUCAGGAAUACUUGAAAAAGAAAACAGAAGAUACGUCCUUAACAUCAAAGGCUGCCAAUGACACAAAAGUCCUCCCAGGGACACAUGGAGCCAUUGAGAACUCUGCAGCAAAGGUCAGCAAUGGCAUUUCACAGGGAAGAGAGGGAGUGAACCCCACCAAACUAGGGCUUGACCUUGCGAAUAUUGUCAGCCUGGAGCCUGCAGGAUCCAGAUGCUCUUCUCCCUCCAGUAUCAGCAGCAAUGACUCUUUUGAACAGAGUAUACAGGCAGAGAUUGAAAGGUUCUUACAGGAGAAGAGGAAUAGGGAGACUGGCAGCAACAGCGGUCCCAAGAGCCAGGCUGCUUCUGUGGGGAGGACCGAGCAGAAAGAAAAUCUGGUGAAGGUGGGACAGAAGAAGAGAAAGAGGUGCAUCAAAUCCAGUGCAGGGAACCAAGCCCGUCCUGUUCAACAGCCAGUAAUCAACACAAACUCUGAGGUGGGCAACGCUAAAUCAAGUCAGCUUGGGAAGUUGGGGACUGUCUGCAGCACAGAGAAAGGCAGUGAAGGGAAUCCCAAGGGUAAUAAAAAUGUGGCUAACAGGAAAAAGCCAAGAUCACGUCAUCGCUUUAAGGAACUCCACAAGAGCAGCAAUACCCAGUGGGACCUCAGUGCUGAAUUCACUGAGUCAAGGGCAAAUCCCGUUACUGCACGAGUAGAAUUGUCUGAUUCUAGCAGUGAUGAUGGGAUUGAAGAAGCCAUUCAACUUUACCAAUUAGAACAAAAGAAAGGGAAAGCCAAAGACGUAGCCUUUGUCCUUGGCUUGUUGCCUCACAAGUCCCCCGGCUCUCAAAAAUAUACUGAUAUCUCUUCUUGUAAGAGAAGCAUAGAGAAAGAAAUACCACAGACAGCUGUGAGCAAGAGAAACUAUGCUCCGAAGCCUGGACAAUUUUGUCCUGCCAAUCUUUCUGAUACUGACACAAGUGACAGCGAUGACUGUAUAACACAAACCGAGAGAAAUACCACCGACUCCAGGCUUGGUUGGAAAAAAAGGUUUCAGUCGGAGACUCUGUCAGUAUCUUCCCCAAAACAGGAAAGGUUUCUUAUGACCAAAGUGCAGCCAUCUGCAGACAGUAUAUUAGCUGGUGCUCCUUCAGAAAAGGGAGAGUAUGCAGGCAAAAGCAAGACAAGCAGUGAAUACACUAAUGUUGCCUCCAAGCAGGUCACGGUUUCUUCAGACAGUGAAAGUAGUUCUGCAGACAGCAGCGACAGCAUUGAAAAAGAAAUUCAAAAUUACUUGGCUCUCAAAGCAAGCCAAAGCAGUCAGAAAUCCAACAAAGUCGGGGCUGUGAGUGAACUGGACAGAACCUCCCAAGAAUCAAAGAGCGAAGACAGUCUGAAUGCCUUUCCGUCUUUGUUUAUUUCUUUGUCUUCAUCUUCAUCUCAGACAUCAAUGUCACAAAACAAAAGACUGAAGAAUAACGUCAGCUCUGAUCAUGAACUUGAAAAGGAGAAACUGAGAGAAAGUCAACCACAAGAGUCCAGUGGGGAAGCUCUUGUAUUCACUAACAGUACAACUGUCACCUCCAAGAUUAAUCUUAAAGGUAGCUUAUCAGAGCAAGACAUACCUGACGUAAGUAAUUGCAUGACUUUCAAUCAAGACCAAGAGAAAUUAUCUCCCAAGGAUUGGGUUGGAGAGAAACAGUCCGCUGUCCAUGACUCUUGGCAGACAGAUGAGAAGAGUAGCUCACUAGAUAGUGAUGAGGACCUCGAUACAGCUACAAAGGAUCUCUUGCAAACCAGAAAGAAACUGGGAAAAAGGUCAAGGGAAAUGAAGAACCGGUGCAAGAAACGAGUGCGGUUUACAGGUGCAGAGGUUCUUACUUACUCUGAGCAAAGCACGGGAAUCGGUGACCAAACUCUCAGGACUGCUGGAGAAGGCCUCGCUGCUAGCCACGGCCCCUUAAAAAGCUGCUUAUCGAAAAGUAACAAGAGCACUUGUAGACGUUAUUUAGACUUUAAAAAUAAAGGGAACAAGAAGCCAGAAGAGCAGUCAGAAGGUGAGAGCAACAGCAAAAUGACCAGUAUCAGAAAUCUCAAGGUUGGUUUGUCGUGUGGUGCUGCGUUCCGCACAGCUGAUGGGCCGACUUGGCAAAAUGUAACAACUGAGAACAGCAGUUCCGCAGAUAGUGAUGAUGGAAUUGAACAAGAAAUUCUUAAAUUCCUCGCUGAAAAGGCACGAAUGAAUAGCAGGUUGAACGAGCAUUCAAAUGAUGCAAACACAGUGCAGGUAUUUAAAAAACAAGGGGAAGACAGCAAAUGGUCGGAAAUGGCAGGCCCAGGCAGAGCACUGUCUGCCCUUCCACAACAAGCUGAGGGAUCUCACAGGGUUAAUAUGAAGUGGCCAUGUCACCUGGAAGAUGAGCCCACAGCUGGGUAUUUACAGAGAGAUAUGGAAAGGGCCGGGUCUGAAUGCAAGACCAAUGUGAACCAGCAGGAUUUGCUUCAGAACAUUGAUGGUAUCUGCAGUGUACAGUGCCAGAGUGAAGACAGACAAGUCUUAGGAGAAAAACCAGCAACUUUCAAGAUGGAGACUAAGGCUGGAAUUGUUCUGGGAAAUUUGCAAGUUGGCAGCAUAGACUGCUCAGGGAAAGGAGACUGGCAUGGUGAUGUCCUUCAGGACAGAAAGGUUAACACUAGCCCAGAGAAUAUUAAGGGGGAAACAACACAGUCCUUACCUUGUGAGCAAAGUGUGCCAUACGUCAACUCCAAAUUGUUGCAAACAGGACAGCAUAAACAACAGGCUGUCCAAAUCAAAUCUUCCAAGCAAACUCUAAACAAGUUGUGGAACAUCUUUCAGACUGACCCUCUCCAUGAGACUGUGUCAGCGAACGAGGCGAAUGGAACCUGUAGAAGGGGACAGCAUUCCAGAGACAAUCAGUCAGAUCUUGAUCGUGGUACAGACCAAAGCUCACAAGCUGUAGUUAACACCCUCCUCCGUGUAGGCUGGGCAGGUAGUGCUACAAUGAAGAGUGAGAAAGAUAAAAAUCAAGGUCAACCUUUAGCAUCUCCGAUACCAUCAGUAAGUGUUGGUGUUCAGUGCAGUGAAAUGAGCAGGCUGCCUAGUGUUGCAGGGCGAGAGCAAAGUGACCAUAAUUAUCAGAGUGGAGUGAAGAGUGAGGAGGGGGAGCAGAGUGAUGCAAUACUCACACGCACUAACUGUGAGACUCAGCGUCUCUACAAAAUGUCAGGAGCAUCCAGCUGUUUGCCAAUUGCUGAACCUACCGUAGUCUCAACCCACAAAGAAAGCAGCAGUGUAGAACAGAGAGUCGACAGUGUAGGAGCAGUGAGUGUGACAGUAACACUGAUUGCUGAGGAAGCUUCUAAAGGGGAGGCCAGCAGCAAGUGCAAGAGUGGAGGGACUGGGGUUACUCUCCUCAGCGCUCAGUGCCAGCCACUGAGCCAGACUUUGUCAGGAUCUAAGAUUGAGGAACGAAACGACCGGGGCUCAGGAACAGAGGAGACAGCACAGGGGAGCAGUCCUGAAGCCUUUUACGACAAAGCAAGCCAUCAUUCAGAUGAUGACAGUAGAGUCGACACUGACAGGUCAGGACUGCAGAGACAGGGUGCUGAGGUGUGAGUAUGUUGUACAGUGGCUCAUCUCUAAAUUAUUUACAUUACAGUCACGAUGUUCAGUCUAGAUUUCAUUGUGGGACAGGAAGGUUAUCCUAGACAAACCACUGGAUUAAAUCAAUGUUGUUGAAGGUAUAUCCUUUACACUCUGUUCAAAGUAAUUAGAUUGAUUAAGAAUACAGCUCUUUAGUUAAACAAAUUUCUUGUCAAUGCUAUAAGACCCUCCCCUCACCCACCCAGUGAAAUGGAGUGGGGGUAGGCACCUUGUCUAGCUCCCAGCUCAAUCUCUGCAUUUGCACCUUCCCAUCCCCAUCCCCAUCCCUGUUGUCCCAUGCCAGUCAUUGAGACCACUGCAGGAUGUACUCAAGUUCCAUUCAGUGACGUUACUGAAACAGCCUGGCAUGAGUUCAGCACUUUGUGAAGACCUGGAGGGGAUUGUUUCCUUACCUGUGAUGAGCUAACUGCUCAGAGCCAGGGAUGUACCAGCCACCCGCGCAUCACUGAGAGUAUCAGAGCAGAGAGACUAGCCCCAGUCAAUGCUGCUGCUCUGGUACAGGGACAGAGUAGGGCGCUCUCCUCCUGUGGUUGAGAGGCAAUUACUAUAGGCUCACAGGUGAAUGACAUCAGUACUUCACCCAACUGACUGUGAAAAAAUAAGACUAGACAAGAAGAAAAUAUAAUGUAGAGAAUGCAGAACUAAAACUUUCCUUUGAGAUGACAAAAGGGUCAUAUAUCUUGAAUGGAAAUUAGACCCUUGAGUUUUUUCAAAUUUCCUUGCACAUAGGUAGCUGACAACACCUUCUAUGUGCAAGCUUUCAUUAAUACCUGGUGUCACACGAGGUGCUUCGCUUUGAAACUGGCAGCAUGUGACUCAGGACCCUGUGAGGGGGAGUGCUGUAUGUACAGAUCCUGCAAAGGGGCAUUAAUUUUAUGUGUGUUUGUGUGUCAGUGUGUCUGUGUAUGCAGGCACCUGGGGUGAUUACAAAUAUUGAUGUUGGGAAAUCAGGUAUUUCUGUUUUCUGCUCUGAGACUAUGGUGUGAGUGCUGAACACUCCUAGGUCAGACAUGGAGUAAAGCCCCAUCUGCUCUCCUCCAACAAUGUGCCUUAAUUCCCUAAGCACUCCACACCCUGCUGUACACAAGUGUGAUAGCUUGUCAUUUCUUGUGCACCAGCCAUCUCUUGUAGACACUCGGGGCUGAGAUUGCUGAUUCUUGUGUCAGACUGUGGGCAUUCAGUGGCUGGAACCUAUUUGCCCUCAGUAUGGCCAUCUGCAUCAGUCUGAAUGUGAAUACCUGUGCCCAAGGUGAGAAUGUCUCUUCCACACCAAUUGCUGUAGGAUAGGAGCCUACAUUCUCAUUGAAAAUAUUCAUUGGAUCAUGUGUUCUAAUUCAGUUAUUGAAUACGGAGCCCGAGAACUCUGAUCAUUUUUAUUCCAGUUAUCUGUGUUAUUUUGAAUGUGUUUUUUUUUUGAAGAAUUUUAUUUCCAAAAGAGACCACCUUUACACUGAGCUAUUCGGCAAUGUCAGCAUUGGUGAGCAAUCCCGGAUUCAGGAGUAACUUCAUUGUAAAGAAAAGCAGUCCCCACAAGUUUACAUGACCUGAGGAUGAUGAUUUGCUUUUGGCCAACUGCAGGAACUCGUAUUACCACAAGCUCAGUCUGUAAAGAUUUGAUAUCUAAACGUUAUGGCAGAUGUUUUCAAAAUGUAGUGGGAAACACUUUUGACACCAAAAUAAAUCCUUGUUCUUCCCUUAACUUUCACUGACUUAGCAAAUCUCAGGCAAGGGUAGGCACUACUGGUUGUGGUUUGCCUUAGGGUUGGAGGGGGAGGCAUCUGAAUACCAUUUAAAGGGUAAGAUUGGCUCAGCUAUGAUGCCCUCAAUUACCCUAUGGCCUGUGACAUAUAAACAGAGUGAGGUAUUGUGGGGUAAUCAACACAUAGAAAAAUACUGCAGGAAUGGAGGGAAGAGGAGUAAAGCAAGUUUUGAUUUUAUAGAAAGCCAAUGUUGGUUCAGGAUAUAUAUAUAUUAUAUGCAGACAAAUAAGCACUGGAAGCAAAAUCUGUAUUUUCUCCGAAUUUGAUAUUGAAAUGCGAAAUUUGUACAGAUGAUUCAUACUCCAAGAGUAUAGGCUUGCAUUGAAUUUAAUGAGUUUUCUUAAUUUUUUUAGCUCCUCAUAUAUGUGAUGUCAAACAUCAUUAUUCUGCAAAAUCCCACUGAGCAAUCCAUAAUUGGGUUUAAAUGUGCAGGUUCCAACCUUCUCUCCAAUUCUGUCACAGCAUCACCACAGAGAUUCAAUCAGGAAGACUAACAAGUAAUAUUCCAUUAAGAAAACACCUUCUCACAUUAGAAUCUGUGAAAGUGUUGUUCACAGUGGAUUUUAUAAAAAGUGUGAAUUAGCCUGAUGCAAGUAACUUGUGGAAGAUUUAUGCUGUGCUGACUCUAUCUACCCAAACGACAGUAGAAUGCAUCAGUAGAGUUCUAACUGACUGAGUCUGGGGAGUGUGUAUUUUGGUUUACAUUUCUUUGUGACGUAUCGAGAGAUACAUCCAACGACUCAUCCACAACUCCAGAAAUAGCAACCCAUUCCCUAGGAGCAGCCUGACCAGACUGGAAACUAUAUCUUUCAAAACAGUGCUGUGGCUUUCCAUUCAUUUUACAGCAGCAUAAGUGAUGUGCCAGGAAGGUGAACAAUAGCAGAGAGGUGACAGAUAGAAAUCUGGCAGGCCUCUUGGGCCUUCACAGGAACCUCACUGAUCCAGAGUUUGAUGGCCUUUGGACUGGACUGGAAUUCCAAUGGUUUUAGUACAAUUCCAGGUGUUGGGGUAAAGAUGUGUUCCAAGAUCUGUUCAGCAAUGCUCAUGGAUUGUUUAAAGUGGGAUUUUCUUCCCCGUCAUUGAUCAUUCUGAAUAAGCCCUGAUGACAGCACUGAUAUUGGAUAUUCUUCAUCAUUAGAAAAUAACUUGUUCCUGUUUCUAUUUUACAUCACUUUGCAUUUUUAGUGUAUAUGUCGCCAAAUGCUGUCUUGUGAAAUUUGCUUCUGAUGUUGAAAGUGCUCCUCAGUUUUUGCCUGAGGGGUAUUGAUGCACAUACUUUUUAACAAAUUUGUGAAACUUAUUUAAAUUAAACAGCUCCACAUCUUCAUGACAUUUAUCUAAUAAAUAACAGACCAGUA